AUGGUGCUGGAUCUGGAUUUGUUUCGGGUGGAUAAAGGAGGGGACCCAGCCCUCAUCCGAGAGACCCAAGAGAAGCGCUUCAAGGACCCGGGACUAGUGGACCAGCUGGUGAAGGCAGACAGCGAGUGGCGACGAUGCAGAUUUCGGGCAGAUAACUUGAACAAGCUGAAGAAUCUAUGCAGCAAGACGAUUGGAGAGAAGAUGAAGAAAAAAGAGCCCGUGGGAGAAGACGAGUCUGUUCCAGAGGAUGCACUACAUUUUGACGACCUCACUGCAGACACCUUAGCUAACCUAAAAGUCUCACAGAUCAAAAAAGUCCGACUCCUCAUCGAUGAAGCCAUCCUGAAGUGCGAUGCCGAGAGAAUCAAGCUGGAAGCAGAGCGGUUUGAGAACCUCCGAGAGAUCGGGAACCUCCUGCACCCCUCAGUGCCCAUCAGUAACGACGAGGAUGCAGACAACAAAGUAGAGAGGAUUUGGGGGGAUUGUACAGUCAGGAAGAAGUACUCUCACGUGGACCUGGUGGUGAUGGUAGAUGGCUUUGAAGGCGAGAAGGGGGCCGUGGUGGCUGGGAGUCGAGGGUAUUUCCUGAAGGGGGUCCUGGUGUUCCUGGAACAGGCUCUCAUCCAGUAUGCCCUUCGCACCCUGGGAAGUCGGGGCUACACUCCCAUCUAUACCCCCUUUUUCAUGAGGAAGGAAGUCAUGCAGGAGGUGGCACAGCUCAGCCAGUUUGAUGAAGAACUUUAUAAGGUGAUUGGCAAAGGGAGUGAGAAGUCUGAUGACAAUUCCUAUGAUGAGAAAUACCUGAUUGCCACAUCGGAGCAGCCCAUCGCUGCUCUGCACCGGGACGAGUGGCUCCGGCCAGAGGAUCUGCCCAUCAAGUACGCUGGCCUGUCCACUUGCUUUCGCCAGGAGGUGGGCUCCCAUGGCCGUGACACCCGUGGCAUCUUUCGAGUCCAUCAAUUUGAGAAGAUCGAGCAGUUCGUGUACUCAUCGCCCCAUGACAACAAGUCGUGGGAGAUGUUCGAGGAGAUGAUUACCACCGCGGAGGAGUUCUACCAGUCUCUGGGGAUCCCCUACCACAUUGUGAAUAUCGUCUCAGGUUCUUUGAAUCACGCUGCCAGCAAGAAGCUCGACCUGGAGGCCUGGUUUCCGGGCUCAGGAGCCUUCCGUGAGUUAGUCUCCUGUUCUAAUUGCACGGAUUACCAGGCUCGCCGGCUCCGAAUCCGAUACGGGCAGACCAAGAAGAUGAUGGACAAGAGAAAGAAUAAUCUCCAUUUAUCUACACAGAACAAGUUGGAGACAGUGUCUUCCCUCUACUCACCCAAGAAGGUGGAGUUUGUCCAUAUGCUCAACGCCACGAUGUGUGCCACGACGCGUACCAUCUGCGCCAUCUUGGAGAACUACCAGACGGAGGAGGGCAUCAUCGUGCCCGAGAAACUGAAGGAGUUCAUGCCUUCAGGACUUCAAGAACUGAUCCCCUUUGUGAAGCCUGCGCCCAUUGACCAGGAGCCAUCCAAGAAGCAGAAGAAGCAACAUGAGGGCAGCAAAAAGAAAGUGGCAGCAAAAGAUGUCACCCUGGAAAACCGGCUGCAGACCAUGGAGGUCACCGAUGCCUGAACAUUCCUUCCUCCCAGCCUGCCAGGCUUCCCUGUCUGUCAGCAGGACCUCAGAGCCACCCAGGAGCAGGAAGCCACGCCCCCGCCCGCCGCCCUGCCCCGUCUGACUGCACAGCUACGGCAGGAGCACUGCCCUGUACAGCGCGCACGUUCCUCCCCCUUCACACGGGCCUAGGAUCCAGUCACUGAUGACGGCAGGAAACAUGUAAUAAAGCUUCUCUGGGGAGGGCCUAGACUCUU